GCGCUGCGGCUCCCGGCCGGAAGCGGACGGCCGAGACCGGAAGCGGCUCUCCGGCUCUCGGUCGCGGACCUGCGUCGGAGGCCGCGUGGGGCGCGCGCCGGCGCCGUUCGCUCGCACCAGGACCGCCUGCCCGCGCUCGCGUCGCGCACAGCAUGGGUCUCCUGACCGCAGUGACCCGAGGCCUGGUCCGCGGCGCCGAUCGCAUGAGCAAGUGGACCAGCAAGCGAGGGCCGCGCUCCUUCUACAAGAGCCGGGGCGCCAAGGGCACGGGCGUGCGCGGCCCCGGUGGGAGGUUUGUAACGAUAAAAGAGAUGGUCCCGGAGUUUGUCGUCCCGGACCUGACCGGCUUCAGGCUCAAGCCCUACGUAAGCUACCGUGCUCCCGCGGGCGCGGAGACGCCCCUAACGGCCAAGCAGCUCUUUCUGGAAGCAGUCGCGCCCGCCAUUGAAAAAGACGUUAAAGAAGGGAGUUUUGAUCCUGAGAACCUGGAAAAGUAUGGGUUUGAGCCUACACAGGAAGGCAAGCUCUUCCAGCUGUAUCCCAAGAAUUUCCCACGAUAGGAAGCAGAGAAGCCUCUAAGUCGUGAGCUGAGACUACCGAAGCCUUUCCGCGGAUCGUGGGGCGGGGUGGGGUUCCCGCUUUCCAUUUGUAUUAAAGACCUUUGCUACUCA